AUGGCCGGAAACAAGCAGCAAAAGACCAUUCCAACCGUGUACAACAUGUCCUCGUCAAAAGCGCGGGAAGUCCUUUGGGCGCUUGAGGAGCUUGCUGACACCGGCAUCAAAUACAACGUAGUGAACCUCCUCCGACGAGGCGCCGAUACAUACAAAGUCCUUAAGUCACAAUUCCCGCUGGGCAAAUCGCCAAUAGUCACGCUGGAGCCUGUCGAUGGAGAACCAGAAGUCACCUAUCAGAUCCUGCCGAAUGUCUUGACUGAAGCGCGACUCAUCCUCCAGUUCAUCUCUGACCACUACACCGACGGGGUCUUGUCCCAGAAGUUCGCCAAUGGCUCAUUGGUCACCAAGGUCGACAACGUCGUCACGUUCGAAGUCAUCCCAACAAUGCUGUUCUUCCCAUUACGACAACUUACUCUUCUGAUGGUGAUGCCCAUCCGAAACCACUUCACGAACGAUCUGAGAGUCAUUUAUCAGAUCCUGGAAGAUGCGCUGUCCGAGGAACGACCAUGGUUCUCAGGCAAGAAGCUCGGCUUAGCGGAUUUCAACAUGGUCUUCCCUAUGGAUAUGGCGAUUGGCAGAGGAUACAUCGAGCUGGAGAAUUAUCCCAAGCUAGCUAAAUGGCACUACACGGUGAUCAAUAGGCCAGCGUACAGACGGGCGUUAGAGAAGGGAGGACCAUACAAUCUAUCAACGUUUGCCUAA